UACAAUGGAACAACUGCCACUCCUAGAUUAAUUGUCGUAAGAAACCAACCAUGGCAUCCGUACCUAAUUUCCAAGCAGUUCACUCCGUAAUCAUCUUUGUCUUUGUUAUCAUCCUUCCAUUUGUCUCUUCAUCUGAUUCCGCCGUUGCUCGUGCUUCUUCUGCAACUCAAACAGUUGCAAAACUAAGUGAAGCAGUCGCUCUCUUGAUGUGGAAAGCUAGCCUUGACAAUCAAAGCCAAUCUCACCUUUCAUCAUGGAAUGAAAGUAGUCAUUGCACUUGGGUCGGAAUUGGUUGCAACGAGGCCAGUGAAGUAACCAAUUUAAACCUUGACAAUAUUGGUUUGAGAGCAGGUGAAUAUGGCGCUGUUUAUAGAGUUGAGCUGCCAAGUGGUCAAGUUGUCGCUAUAAAAAAGUACCCUCCUUCGCAAGAUGGCGAGUUGGCUAAUCUGAAAAGUUUUAUGAGUGAGAUUCAAGCAUUGACAGAGAUACGACAUCGGCAUAUCAUAAAGCUUUUGGGUUACUGUUCACAUCCACGACACUCAUUUUUGGUUUAUGAGUUCUUGGAAGGGGGGACCUUGGACAAGAAACUAAGCUGUGAGGAAGAAGCACUAAGUUUGGAUUGGGAUAAGAGGAUAAAUGUUAUUAAAGGUUUGGCAGAUGCUUUGUCAUAUAUGCACCAUGGAUGUUCACCCCCAGUCAUUCAUCGUGAUAUAUCGAGCAAGAAUGUUCUGCUAAACUUAAAAGAUGUUGCUUAUCUAUCUGAUUUCGGAACUGCAAGACUUCUAAACCUGCACUCAUCAAAUUGGACUUCCUUUGCAGGCACCUUGGGAUAUGCUGCUCCAGAACUUGCUUACACAAUGGAGGUGAAUGAAAAGUUAGACAUCUACAGUUUUGGUGUUUUAACACUGGAAGUUGUAAUGGGGAGGCAUCCAGGGGAUCUCAUGUCUUCUCUUUCUUCAUCAUCUUUGGAUUCGUCACCACCAUCUUCUUAUGGUAUUCUGUUGAAGGAUGUAUUGGACAAACGGCUCCCACUACCAAGGAAUCAGGAGGAGGAAGCAGUGGUUCUUGCUGUAAAGAUAGCACUUGCAUGCUUGCGCCCCAACCCGCAGUGCCGACCAACCAUGCAACAAGUUUCUGUGGCUCUAUCAAAACACAAGUCACACCUGCAGAACCCAUUCCUCAUGAUCACAUUAGGACAACUACUUGAUGUCAAUUUUCCAAAUGCCAAAGUAUUCUUGUUAUCCCUUUACUGUUUGGGUUUUUGGUUCUCCAUUUUUCUACUGUGCUUUCCUAACUGGCAUUGGCUCUAUGGUUGCAUGUGUAUUACUCUUUCAUAAACAAUAGUUACUUUUUUUCAAGCAAUAUAAACUUUGCGAAUCUAUACUACAUAUUAAGUAAAAGGCCAGGGAGUACUUGUGAGGAAAGCUGUAAAAGCACCAAAUGGCUUUACUUGAUUGGAUAUAAGAUUAAAUCGUUAAGUUAGUUUUCAAAACAGAUUAGCAUAAUCUAUAUUACUUGAUUAUUGGCCAACAGAGGUAAUUUUAAGUUCUUAAAAAUAUGUGAAAUAAUACUUUUUCUUAGCAAACCUGAUAACAAACGUGCAGGAUUUUGUGGGGAUAGUUAAUUUCCCUAAAAUGUAAGUCUUAUCUCCUACUAAUAAGUUCGUUUUCACUCCUCUCCUAAAAUGUAAGUCUUAAUUUUGAAAUUCUUUUCAUAUCUACAUCUAUCGAUUAUUGUUAUAUUCAAGCAGAGAUUUCUCCUAUUCUAAUUUAACGUUCAAAUUUUAUCUUGUUUCUACCAUCUCUUUAAUUAGAUUUAUCUCAUGCAUGCACAAAUCUUUUGUUGUUCUUAGAACUCUAACAACAUUUUGCGACAAUGCAGGCAAAAUUUAACAGGUGAAUGGAAAACUGAGAGGAUCGAAGAAUUGGAUUGUAGAGAACAUCAAAUUAUCAACCACUUGCCGAUGCGAUCCCCAAAUGCAAAACCAAGAAAGUGUGACCAUUGAAACCACCGUCAUCACUAGCAACAAUGAUUCUAUAAGUAUCUUUUCCUUCCUCUGUUAACUUAGCAGACCAUAUAUUCGUAGUCUUUUUCUAGUAUCUUUUUUUCCUUUUCUUUUUAAGUUGAGAUGUGCUUUGGCACUAGAGUUGUUGAGUUCACAUUUUCUUUAUGGAAGAAUCGGAAAGACUAAGAUAUCAAGGAUGCUAUAAAGUUGUAAAAUGUUGUUUGAGGAUGUCAAAUAUAGGUUAAUUUCCUUUGAUUCUUCUACAUUUUUCCUGCUUUAACAAAAGAUAAAUUGUUGCAAUAAUUGAGAUUGAAUUGAUUCCAAUUGUUUACCUACUUUUAAGGAUAUACCCACACUCUUUCAAAUAUAUUACACAAACACCAUCAAAUUU